AUGUCCAGAAAACUACAAGAUCAGGUGAUCUGCCUUGAACCAGGAGCCUCUGCUUGGAAGCUUAUCCAGGAAAAAAUCCAGGAACUAUCAGACUCGGAUGAGAGAGAUGCCUUCAUGGUGGCUGACCUGGGCGUUCUGGCUGAGCAACACCAGAUAUUCCUAAAGACCUUGCCCCGUGUGAUCCCCUUCUUUGCUGUGAAGUGCAACAAUAGCCCCAGUGUGUUGCAGGUGCUGGCCAAUCUGGGCGUUGGCUUUGACUGUGCAAGUCGGGGGGAGCUGGAGCAGGUUCUGAAGAUGGGAAUUAAUCCCUCCCGCAUCAUCUACGCCAAUACCUGUAAGCAGAUCUCUUAUCUCCAAUAUGCUGCCAGCCAUGGGGUCCAGCUGAUGACUUUUGACUGUGAAGAAGAGCUUGCCAAAGUUGCCAAGUUUCAUCCCACUGCCAGGAUGGUUCUCAGAAUCUGGACCGAGGACAGUGAGAGCAUGUUCCCCUUGAGUGCCAAGUUUGGGGCUCCCCUGGACAAGUGUGGCCAUCUGCUGAGCAUUGCCAAGGACUUGGGAGUGACUGUGGUUGGAAGCGCUUUCCAUGUGGGUUCUGGCUGCCAGACACCAGAGAGCUUCCACCAGGCCAUUGCAAAUGCCCGACGUGUGUUUGACCUGGGCCUCCAGAUGGGGCACCCAAUGGGAUUCCUGGAUAUUGGAGGAGGCUUCCCAGGCCAGAACAAUUUUGUACCUACAUUUGAAGAGUUAGCAGUUGUGAUCAAUAGAGCCUUGGAUCAAUAUUUUCCAGAAAGCAGUGGAGUGAAGAUCAUAGCUGAACCUGGUCGCUAUUAUGCCAGUAAAAUGUGCACUGCUGUCCUCAAUAUCAUUGGCAAGAAGAAUGUGAUGGGAAAAGAAGGUGGCAGGAAACUGAUGUACUAUGUCAACGAUGGUUUUUACAACUCUUUUGCCCUUAUGCUGAGGGAGAAAGAAACAAGGAUACCUCGUGUAGUGAAGAAGUUCAAUUGCAAACCAUGUCUUUAUCCUUCCACACUGUGGGGUCCCACGUGUGAUGCCUUUGACCGUCUGGGUCCAACAGAAAUCAUGCUGCCUGAACUUCACGUGGGUGACUGGUUGGUCUUUGAAGACAUGGGGGCCUAUACCCGCACCAUAAAUACCACUUUCAAUGGUUUUACACGACCUGUGAUGACUAUCACCAUUCCUUCUGAGCUACACAUCACCAACAGUGGGCAGAUGGGGGCAGCAGCCACCAGCAAGCAGUCCGUGCAGUUCUCCAGAACUCCACCCCAAGCCAGACCAACCCAGGACGCUCAGGGGCCUCAACCUUUCAAGAACAAGCUCAGAACAACUGCCAUUCUCUCCAAGAAGGAAGCUGGGUGA